AGCUUCGCACCUACCAAAAUCCUGACCUUCAACCUCCCUCUGACCUUGCACCCAUCACAAUAUUUCUCCAAGAACACAACCUUCAAAGUCCUGAAAAUCAAUUCUAUUGCAGUACUUAUCACAAUGUCUCUUCGUCAGAAUCUUAUCAAGCCCAUGGUGGUUGAUGCCACCGACAGCCACGACCACACCCACACCGUCGUCUUUCUCCAUCGCUUCCCCGAGACUACCUCUGAGGAGGAGCUUCGUCGAAAAGUCCUUUCCGAGAAGUUGACGAUGAACCACAAGACCCUCCGCGAGCAGUUUCCCUCAGUCCGCUGGGUCUUCCCCUACGCCAAAGCCCAUGCGCGUCCCUGGAAUAACCUUACGCCCGAAGAUAGAGCGGCAGUCGGGAUGAACAUCGGCAGUCUUCCUUACAUCGCCCAAAUCAUGCUUCAGGAAGCAGACAACGUUGGCGGUCUCGACCGCAUCAUCCUCGGUGGAAUGGGACAGACUGCCGAGGCAGCUCACGACGCCAUAACGUUUUUUCCCGAGUGUAAGAUGGACGCCUACGACAAUGCCGACGAGAUGUCGUCGUUCCUUCGAAAGACCUUCCACGCCAACUGCACGAGUAUCGAUCAGCUCAAGCUGGCUGGUUUCGUGGGUAUGCACGCCCAGGAUGCCGAGAUGACGUCCGACGUCAGAAGCAUGGCCGUCAUGUCCAAGGAACUAUCCACAAUGAAAAAGAAGAUCAACGCUACCCUCGUCGCGCAGACCCCUCACAAGUUCAUCAACGGCAGCUACAAGAUUCAGACCAAAACUUGGGACGGCAGCCGCAUCGACGAUUUCGCCACCUUUCUCGAGGCCAUUGGCGUGGGCCGCGGUCUCGAUACCAAGAAGACAAACACCGAGACGCUCAUUCCCAAGAACCGAGAACCGACCAAGAAGUGGGAUCCCCGGGAUACCCUCGGCGACGCCCAGAGAUACGCCCAAGAGAUCCUGGAGCAGAAGAAGGAGAAUGAGGAGAUUAAAGCGGAAGCUGCUUAUUCGCAUCGAGGCGGAUAAGGUUGAGCGCAAGAUCAAGGACGCGCGCGAGAAGGCGAACCGAGGCAAUGUCAACAGUAAGAAUAAGUGGUUGAAGCCGGCGGACUCUGUCAAUGUUCUCGGCGGUGUUGGGUACCGCUCCAACCUCCCUCGUGAAGAGGAUGAGGACGAGGUACGAAAUCUUUAAUCUCGCAA